CACAAUAUCUAUUCCUCCCAUUCUUUCAGUCCAUCCCUAGUCGUACUGUCCAGUUUCUCUCGAUACUGCAGAAUGGAUUGGCAAAGUGCUGGCAGCAGACGCACACUGUGCCUAUUUUUGGGGGUCCUCCCACUCCUCUGAGACUCACCGCGAAAAUCGUCCGUCUUGUGCGAAUUGAGCUCACAUCAACCCCAAGCUUUGAGUUCGUGUCCAUGCAAGACGCCUGAUCAAGUCGAUUCUGGCAGUUUUUCAUCAGCGACACUAUUGCCAUUUAUUCUCAGACUGUCGCGGGGCGAUAGCUGCGUGUCCUCUCCCUUGUCCAUCACACAAUUGUUAAUUUGGCGGGGUGAUUUACUCCACCAUCGGAAAUCUCAGCCUUCGUGAGGCUCCCCACCAUCACAGCCUCACCAACAUCCGCCGCGAUACCUGCAAUGGCUUCUGACGGAUCCGGCUUCGAAAUGUCUGAAGGCUUGGGCCCCCAGCGGCCCAGGUUCCACAUCGGCGAGCACGACUCGACCCGCGAGGCGCCCCUCACUGACUUACAGUACGGCCAUCUGCUCAACUAUGGUCUGAGCUUUGUGACGACGCCCAUUACCAACAACCACUUCCGCGACCGCGUCUUCGCCCUCGUUGCGCAGCACCUCGCGACUCUCGCCGGCGAAGGAAACUCACCCACCACGAUUGCCACGGCUGCCCGCGAGGAUCCCAUCCUGCCGCCGCUGACGCCCAAGGACACCGGCCUGUUCCCCAGCGCCGCCGUCAACACUUACACGGCGUACAUCAGUCCCUGGAUCGACCUGUGUUCCACCAACCCUGUCGUCUCCAGCAUCUCCCGCCAGGUGCUCAACCUCGAGGUCAACUACGCCAACUUCUGCGGCGUCCGGAGCAUCGUCGUCCCCGGGCCCCAGCGGGAUGCCUCCAAGGACGGCGGCAACCAGGGUCUAGCCCAGUACUCUCGCGCCGUUGAGGAAGCUCUUGCCAUCGGUGGCCGGGUGACUUUCCUGGUCCACAUGCCCAUGUACCGGGAGCCCGGCCAGGAGUCUGAGAUCAAGACUCUCUCGUCUCUCCAGUCUCAGCAGCCCCCCAAGGUUGACGAGAAGGAUAUUGAUCUCUUCACGGCAUGGGAUUCGUGGCAUCAUGUCCGAACAGUCUGCAACUACAACACAAGGCUCUUCGUUGCGCUGCAAAUACCCCGAGUCAUGCCUGAAAAGGACCUCCAGGACCGCUGGUUCGCUGAGCCUCUGCAUUACUUGACUCUGAGUCCCUCGGUUUUCCAAACCAACAAGAGUGGCUUCCCUGUCUUGUCUAAGCAUCACCAGGACCUCAUUUUCUCGUACCUCCGUCUCAAGAAUUUCCCAUGGAUUAUGCUCUGCGAUGCCGGCCCCGACGUCUCUCACAUCAAGGACGAUGCGCAGUCCUUGCUUAAUAGCGGUGGAACACCGUCUCCAGACGAUUUUCCCACCCUUGCUGAGGCUCAGGAACAAGAAUCAAAGAGGUCCAAGGGCCAGACAAACCCUUACGUCGCCUACCUCCGAUGGCUUGAGUCCCAGCAGCCUCCCUUUUCCCUUCUGGAGGGUCCUACCUUGACUAGCUUCCAGGAUUGGCUUCAAUCGCCCCUGCAGCCCCUGUCAGACAACCUUGAGUCGGCCACGUACGAGGUCUUUGAAGGCGACCCUGUCAAGUACAACCAGUAUGAGGCCGCCGUUUACGAGGCCUUGACGGAGUGGAAGACGCUCGACAAGCCCAAGUCCAAGGAGGGCGCCGUCGUCGUUGCUGUUGCUGGCUCUGGCCGUGGCCCUCUCGUCACCCGAGCUCUCAAGGCUGCGGAGGACGCUGGCGUGGCUAUCGACAUGUGGGCCGUGGAGAAGAACCCCAACGCAUAUGUGUACUUGUUGCGCCAGAACGAGAUGGUCUGGAACGGCAAGGUCAAGGUUGUCAAGACGGAUAUGCGCGCUUGGAAGGGGCCUGUCAUCUCAGAGUCCGCCGAGGGUCCCGUGUACGGCAAGGUUGACAUCCUCAUCUCAGAGCUGCUCGGCUCCUUUGGCGACAACGAGCUGUCGCCCGAAUGUCUUGACGGUAUCCAGCACGUCAUGUCCAAGCCCCACGGCAUCUCCAUCCCGAGCUCUUACACCGCUCACUUCAGCCCCAUCUCCCACCCCAAGAUUCACGCCGACCUUCUCACGCGCGUGCCCACCGAGCCCAACGCCUUCGAGACCCCCUGGGUCGUCCGGCUCUAUGCCCUCGACUUUGUGUCCCAGAAGGUACCGGGCCACCCGCGGUUCCAGGAGGCCUGGGAGUUCUCGCAUCCCAUUCCCGACACUACGCUCGCGGCCGUCGAGGCUCGGCGAUCCGGAGGUGUGGUGGGCGGCGGCGGCGGCAGUAUGUCCGGCGCGGCUGGAGCCAACGACCACAACUCGCGGUACUGUCACCUCACCUUUGUGUGCCGGACUAGGGGCGUCACACACGGUCUAGCGGGCUACUUUGAGUCGACCCUGUACGAGUCGCAGCUCAAGGAAAGCGAGGGCCAAAAGGUGGAGAUCAGCACGCACCCGGAGCGCAUCGAUCAGAAGAGCAAGGACAUGAUUUCAUGGUUCCCCAUAUUCUUCCCCCUCAAGAAACCACUUUACUUCCCCGCCGACACGGAGCUAGAGAUCAGCAUGUGGCGGCAGACGGACGACACGCGGGUGUGGUACGAGUGGCUCGUCGAGGCCUGGACUUGGGUCGGCCAGUCGCAACGCAUCAAGGUGGGCUCGUCGGACCUGUGCAGCAGUCGCCAGGUAGCCUGUCUGAUGUAAAUAUUUCGAGCCAACGAGCCGUAACGAGGAGAUGGAUUCAUGUAGGGCGUGCGGUUUGGAUGUGAAAUUUGUGGGUUUUUUUGCCGCGGGGCGAAGAGAAAAGU